UCCUCGGCUUCGUCCACUCGCCCGACGUAACCAUGGCUGCUAUGAGUUUAUUGCGGCGGGUUUCGGUCGCUGCAGUGGCGUCUGUGUCUGGCCGAAGCCUUGGCGCUCGACUCGGAUUCGGGGGCUUCCUCACCCGUGGCUUUCCGAAGGCUGUCGCUCCUGUUCGACACAGUGGAGACCAUGGGAAAAGACUGUUUGUCAUCAGACCUUCAGGAUACUACGACAGACGUUUUUUGAAGUUAUUGAGAUUCUACAUUUUAUUGACUGGGAUUCCAGUAGCAAUUACCAUAACCCUGGUGAAUAUAUUCAUCGGUGAAGCUGAAUUAGCAGAAAUUCCAGAAGGCUAUAUUCCAGAACAUUGGGAAUAUUACAAGCAUCCUAUAUCAAGAUGGAUCGUGCGUACUUUCUAUGAUGGUCCCGAAAAGAAUUAUGAAAGAACGAUGGCUAUCCUUCAGAUUGAAGCUGAAAAGGCUGAAUUACGGUUAAAUGAGUUGAAAGUACGACAACUGAUGCGUGAGAGGGGAGAUGGACCCUGGUAUCAAUAUGAGACUAUUGAUAAGGAACUUAUUGACCAUGCUCCGAAAGCAACUCCUGACAACUAAUCAUUUAUUUCUUCAAAUACAAAGCAUAUACUCUGAUGGAAAAUAUGUAUAUAGUCUAUAGUUUUGCUCUCUGUGAUGAUUAAAAGAGCUUCUUCCAUUA